AUGUCAUUACCCUCGACAAGUACCGCUGAUGCCAAAAAUGAACAAGCAAAUAUGGUCUAUAAUUUUGACUGGUCAUCAACUUCACUUGGCCCUAUAGACUUAUGGGAACCUGCUAUCAAAACUGCUAUGGCUCAUCCAUAUGGUUAA